AUGUUAUAAAUAAAAAUUUCAGGUUUGCCAUAAAAUCCACAAUUAAUCAACUAAAUCGAAUAAUUUUUGAUAGAUUCUAAUACACUCAUAAGAAAUGUAAGUCGUCACUUAUUUAGGGAUAUUAUCGUAAAUGUGUAUUACAUUUAGAUGGUUAAUAUAAAAAACUGCUACCAAUUGAAUCACCUUUACUUUUGAGGAUAAAAGUAUUGAGAAGAUUAAGUUAUUGUACAAUGAUGUACUUCAAAGUGAAAAUCAACAAAGGUGAAAUUAAUUAAGGCAAAAAUUAGUUUAUUCUUUGGAAUCGUCUUUAACUUUAUUUGAGAGAUUAUCAUGAUAAUAUAUCACUCUUGAAGAUCUAGUAUAAGAGUAAUUGAUAUUCAAAUACUUAUUAGAAAAAUUUUACACUCAAGAACUGAUAUCUUUAAUGAUUAAGUCACUACUGUUCAGAUCUUAAUAUUAUUAAAAAAAUCAAUUGGUAGCCAGAGGACUGUUGUAUUUUCAUCAUAUAAAUGGUAUAAUAAUAGAAUAGGCUUUGAUUGAUAAAAUAACAUUUUUCUUAAGUUUAUAAGGGUAAGAUAGUGUUCAAAUAAAUUAGUAAAUUUAAUUUGAUUGCUGGAAAUAGUUAUUUUCAAUUGUAAAACUUCUAGGCAGCUUUGAAAUACUAUCUUAAAGGACUAGAUUUUUAUUAAAGGAAUUUGAUUAUCAUUUAUAAGGAAAUAACUCUUACAACAUUAGAAGAAAUAAAGAUGACUCUUAAUUAUUAUGUAAUCAAUUUAAAAAUUAAUAGACUAAAGAAAUUAUAUUGUCUUUAUUUUUGAUAGCAUUAGUUUAUGAAUAAUUAAAUGACUUCCUAAAAUAUUAAGAAACAAUUAAAAUGAUGAAUUGGGUUGAUUCUAAUUUCUAACCAGAAAAUUCUAUUGGAAAAUUGUAUUUCUAAUAAUUUUUUGACAAUUCCAAAUACAUAUAGUAUGCACUUGAAACUGCUGAAAUUUCUAAAGUAUUAAAAUAAGCAUUACCAGAAGAAGAAAAAUCUAAAGUUCCUGGAGAUGAAGAUUAAUUAAAUUACUAUACACAUAUGCUUUAUGAAUUUAGCGAAUUUCCAAAAAUCAGAAAACAAUAUUAUUAUUAUGAUAAAUCAUAACUUCCUUUUACAUCUGAAAUAAUAGAAAGUGAAACUUAAUUAGAAAAAUCAAAAGCUUUAAAAACUAAUGCUAGUGUUUAAAUGCUUUAUAAAUAGUAAACUAAUGAAAAUGAAUCAACAACUAUGUGUAGAUCUAUAUUAAUGAAAACUAAAUAUUCAGAUAAUGGAUUAUCUACUAGAUUUUAAACAGAAUCAGAGGGAUUCUCUUAACCUGUUAUCUAAAUUUCAUAAUAAAGAAAAUUAAAAAAAUAACUUAAUAAAGAAGAUAUCACUUUAUAAGUUUAUUAUGGAAAUGCAAUUGAAAAAUCAGUUAAAUUAUAAGAGUUAGAAGAUUUGGCUGAAUAACAUAAUCAAGAUUUAUUAUAAUAACAGAUUGACACUAUUUCAUUUGAUAAAAUAUUGAAAUAAUCUAAAUAAUAGAUUUGUAAUACUUAUUUAUUAGUUUUAGAAUUUAAAAAAAUGUUUGGCUGCAUAGGUGUUAGUAAAGAACCAUUUGAACAUGAAACAAGAGAAUCAAGAAAAAGACUUAAGAAAAAGUAAGGCAAAAGCAUUAAUUAAUUACAUUAACUUUUAAGUAUUCAAAUCUAAAUCAAAGCAAAAACUGAACAAUCUUAAUUGUUAGAAUAGUAUAAUAAUUAAAGAAAAGGGAAUUUUUAAUCUGCACCUAAUAUUUUUUAGAAAGUACAUAAUACACAUAGAUAAACAAAAACUGUAAAGGUAGAUGAAAAAUCUAUAAUCGCUAAUAAAGAAUUUAGUAAAGAAAUGAAUAGUAAUCAUAAAACAUAAGAUGAAGAACAAUUAAUUAGAGAAAUUAAUAUAAAUACAAAAGAAACAAUUAAAUAAUUAAUGGAUGAAAAAGAGAGUUUAAUUUAAUCUAAACCAUUUUCAACCAGAAGAUCAUCUUAAAUUAAUACAAUUAAGUAUUUUGUUUAUUAAAAAGUAGAAAUAAUGUUUUAUUUGAAAAAUUAAUAUCAAAAAAUAAUAGUUUAGCUCUUACAACAGAUUAAAUAAGUCAUUCAAAAAAAGUUAAUUCUUUGAAAUCUUUGCUUGAAGUUCCAAGAAAUAAUCCUAAUUAAAAGAGAAUGACAACUAUUUUAUCAACAAUUAGUCCCAGACCAGCUAGUAAGAUGGGUUCACAUACAAUUCUACCUAUAUGUUGA